AGGGAGGGAGCAGGGUCGGUGGGCGCCAGCGGCGCACAGCGGGACCCACGGAGCCCCGCGACCCGCCGAGCCUGGAGCCGGGCCGGGGCGGGGAAGCCGGCUCCAGCCCGGAGCAAACUUCGCAGCCGGGCUGGGGGUGGCGGGGAACCCGUCCGGAGCCGGAGGAGGGGCCCGCCGCGGGCCCUCCCGCCGCUGCUCCCGCGCCUCCGGGCACCAUGCUGUCCAACUCCGGUGCUGUUCCCCAGCCCGCCGCCACCGCCGCCACCGCACCAUGCUGUCCAACGCCGGCGAUGUUCCCCAACCCGCCGCCGCCGCCGCAGCCCCCCGCCCCGGCCCAACCUCACCCCCCGGCCCAGCCGCCGCCGCAGCCCCCGCAGCAGUUCCCCCAGUUCCACGUCAAGUCGAGCCUGCAGAUCAAGAAGAACGCCAUCAUCGACGACUACAAGGUCACCACCCAGGUCCUGGGACUGGGCAUCAACGGGAAAGUUUUGCAGAUCUUCAACAAGAGGACCCAGGAGAAAUUCGCCCUAAAAAUGCUUCAGGACUGCCCCAAGGCCCGCCGGGAGGUGGAGCUGCACUGGCGGGCCUCCCAGUGCCCACACAUUGUGCGGAUCGUGGACGUCUAUGAGAACCUGUACGCGGGGAGGAAGUGCCUGCUGAUCGUCAUGGAGUGUUUGGAUGGUGGAGAACUCUUCAGCCGAAUCCAGGACCGAGGAGACCAGGCAUUCACAGAAAGAGAGGCAUCAGAGAUCAUGAAGAGCAUCGGCGAGGCGAUCCAGUACUUACACUCGAUCAACAUCGCACAUCGGGAUGUCAAGCCUGAGAAUCUCUUAUACACCUCCAAAAGGCCCAACGCCAUUCUCAAACUCACUGAUUUUGGCUUUGCCAAGGAAACCACCAGCCACAACUCUCUGACCACUCCUUGUUACACGCCAUACUAUGUGGCUCCAGAAGUGCUGGGCCCAGAGAAGUAUGACAAGUCCUGUGACAUGUGGUCCUUGGGUGUCAUCAUGUACAUCCUGCUGUGUGGGUAUCCCCCCUUCUAUUCCAACCAUGGCCUUGCCAUCUCUCCGGGCAUGAAGAGUCGCAUCCGAAUGGGCCAGUAUGAAUUCCCCAACCCAGAAUGGUCAGAAGUAUCAGAGGAAGUGAAGAUGCUCAUCCGGAACCUGCUGAAGACAGAGCCCACCCAGAGGAUGACCAUCACCGAGUUCAUGAACCACCCCUGGAUCAUGCAAUCAACAAAGGUCCCUCAAACCCCACUGCACACCAGCCGCGUCCUGAAGGAGGACAAGGAGAGGUGGGAGGACGUCAAGGAGGAGAUGACCAGUGCCUUGGCCACGAUGCGGGUCGACUAUGAGCAGAUCAAGAUAAAAAAGAUUGAAGACGCAUCCAACCCUCUGCUUCUGAAGAGGCGGAAGAAAGCUCGGGCCCUGGAGGCCGCGGCCCUUGCUCACUGAGCCGCUGAGCCCGUCCUGCUCCACUGGAGGACAAGCAAUAACUCUUGACCUGAAUAUAUUUUUUAAAUGAAGAGACACAGAACUGUCCACUCCCGCCUCCCUCCUCCUCAGCCUCAUGGAGCCCGGACCUCGUCAUAGGCUGAAUUCUGCCUUUGGUUCUGGCCACCCCUGAGAGGGAGAGCCUGGAAGGCUGGGAGGGCGUGGAGAGAAGGAGCAAGAUGCUCUUGAACCUGUGCUCAUUUUGCAGUUUUAUCAAUAAUUUGACUUAGAAUUUUUAUGAAA